AUGAGCGCGGACUAUCAUCACGUGGUUGAUGACUGCGACGAGGCAUGGGUUGCGUGGACACGGUUGAAGACUCUCUACGGCGGAUCGCAGAAGGCGGGACGGAUCUUCUUGAAGCGGCAGCUGUUCAGCAUGGAGAUGGCGGAAGGCGGCAAUGUGAUGCAUCAUUGCAAUGAAGUUCUCAACAUCAGCGCCAAGCUCAGCAGCAUCGGCGCCAAGAUGGAGGAUGAGGACGUGGCGAUCUGCUUGUUGUGCAGCCUCCCAAGAGCUACGAGAACGUCGUGCUGA